CUGCGGCUUCAUUUCAUUUUUGGAGUGAUCGGUUCAGUGUGGUUGCAUGAUUCAGUUAUUAUUAUUAUGCAGGAAGAACGGGGGUGAACAGAACAGGUGGGUGUUGAGCUCUCUCUGGCUCUCGCUAUCCCCACCCCCUGAACCAAGUCUAGUUUAUGUCGUUUAGUUGCUUAACUUGGCGGCAUGAGAUUCCUUUAUUCUGGCUUACUUGUUGCCAUCGAAGCUAACGGGUCAGCUGCCACCAAAGAAUCUGGCGGUGGCCGGGGCUCCGGGCCCGGGAUCUUGCAUCUCCGUGUCCAUGGCCCCGCCAUGUCACUGUCCCCUUCUCCCAGCCGGCCGGCCCCCUUGGCCGCGGACAGCGAUGCCUGUGAACUCCGCGUAAAUUUCCCUGCAUUUUUUUGGCACGAUGCGUCAGAGUCUUGUUUACCCCAACAGGUCGCUCUGAAUCUUCUUCGCUGGUCCCUCUCCAUCACUCCGUGCGAGCGAGCGAGCGAGCGAGGCCGCCGUUUUCCGUGGCCCUCGACGCAACGAGGUGCGUGGGCGUGCGUCUGGCUCAGAUUCCCGUUUCGCAGCGGAUGGCCGGUUGCUGUCGUCCCGUCGCGCCGGUGGCCUGGCGCUUUGCCUCUUUGCUCUUGGUCGUUUGUGCUGCUCGCCGACCCGGUCAAGCUGAGGAGGCCAUGGAUCGCCUUUUAUCUCGUCGAUAAGGGAGGGAGAAAGAAACUUGUGCCGCAUGGAGGUCUCAAUCUGGCGAGCUUUUUUGUCCCCGGACUGAUGAGUCGGUAGCUGAUCGGGAACGGGACGCAUCGUCCGCUCCUGUGACCUAGUACAGUAUUCGCUUCGCUUCGCUCCGGUACGAGGGAACGGUCCCACCGUCCAGGUGUUGGAAAAAAAAAAGUGUUGCGCCCAUGUGGCCGUCAUGUUCUGGGAGCCGAUCCAGCAGCGGGCCGGAGCCGGAUGGUGGCACGGCUCACCACCACACCACACCAGUCGUCCCAUGGGUCUCGCUCGGCUCGCUGCUGUCACACCGGUUGCGUGGUUGCACUCUCCGUGUCUGCGAUUGCUCUUCCGUGCCCGUUCAGUCCUGCACAAAUCCUUUCACCCCUGCUUUGCACCAGUUUGCGUGAGUGGUACGUGUUAACGGGUAGUACGUACAGAGCGCAUGGUACAGUAGUGUAUACGGCCAUAUUUGAAUGACUGAAUCUACGGAGUACGACGCGGGUGGCGUGAUGUUACGUAUAUGUACUGCAGUAUACAUAAGGCUUUGUUUUAAUUCCACCCAAAAUUCAAAAACUUUUCAAGA